AUCUCUAUUCUGCCGUGCCCGUGACCUCGUCGGUGCCAGCGCUGUGCGGGUCUGUGCGGGAACCGUUUCAUUCAAGGUGCAGUGCUGCAGUUUGCAGCUCGCGCGGCUGUGUCAGACGGGAGCGCUCACACACUUCUGGUAAAGGUCGUCCCACCUUCCUGUCUGCUGGGCAUUCGCACUGGACGUCUGAGUCGCAGUAUGCGCUGGGACUGUUUACCGGGAUACUGAAGCAAGGACCGGAGCCCAGUGUUCGGCCUGGUUGCUAUCAGCCGCCCGGUACCGCACCGAGACCGAAUGUUAAAAAACCAUAAGUGUCGGUUGAACAACACUGACAGUCUGGAACAUGGCUACUCCCACCUUCACAUCGCCGGAAGAAACGUCUCCAACAGACCAGCACCGCAUUCGUCAGUCGGACAGCAACACCAGUUUCCUGCGGGCAGCACGUGCUGGGAACCUGGAGAAAGUGUUGGAAUGUCUGAAAAGGGGCGUGGACAUCAACACCUGUAACCAGAACGGCCUGAAUGCUCUGCACCUGGCGGCAAAGGAGGGGCAUGUGGAGCUGGUGGAGGAGUUGCUGGAGAGAGCCACGCCUGUCGACUCUGCUACCAAGAAAGGAAACACUGCGCUCCAUAUCGCUGCCCUGGCUGGACAGGAGGAAGUGGCUAAGCUGCUUGUCAAACGCGGAGCCAACGUGAAUGCCCAGUCUCAGAAUGGCUUCACUCCACUUUACAUGGCUGCGCAGGAGAACCACUUGGAUGUGGUGCGCUAUCUGCUGGAGAACGGGGGCAACCAGACCACUGCUACAGAGGACGGGUUCACUCCCCUGGCCAUAGCGCUGCAGCAGGGGCAUAACCAGGUUGUGUCACUGCUGCUGGAGAAGGACACCAAGGGCAAAGUGCGUCUGCCAGCCCUGCACAUCGCUGCUCGCAAGGACGACAUUAAAGCUGCGGCUCUUCUGCUGCAGAACGACCACAACGCUGACGUCCAGUCCAAGAUGAUGGUCAACAGGACAACUGAGAAUGGGAAGAGUGGCUUUACCCCUCUGCACAUUGCUGCUCACUAUGGAAAUGUCAAUGUUUCCACUCUGUUGCUCAACCGGGGGGCAGCUGUGGAUUUCACUGCCAGGAACGGCAUCACACCCCUUCAUGUGGCGUCCAAGCGCGGGAACACCGGCAUGGUGGGGCUGCUGCUGGACCGAGGGGCGCAGAUUGAUGCCAAAACCCGCGAUGGGCUGACCCCUCUGCACUGUGCAGCAAGGAGUGGGCAUGAGCUCACUGUGGAAUUGCUGCUGGAGAGAGGAGCACCCCUACUGGCCAGAACCAAGAAUGGACUGUCUCCUCUGCACAUGGCUGCCCAGGGAGACCAUGUGGAGUGUCUGAAGCACUUGCUUCAUCACAAGGCACCUGUCGAUGAUGUCACCCUGGACUACCUGACUGCGCUGCAUGUGGCUGCCCACUGUGGCCACUACAGAGUCACUAAGCUGCUGCUGGACCAGCGGGCCAACCCCAAUGCCCGCGCACUGAAUGGCUUCACCCCCCUGCACAUUGCCUGCAAGAAGAACAGGGUGAAGGUGAUGGAGCUCCUGGUGAAGUAUGGAGCCGUCAUCCAGGCCAUCACUGAGUCUGGCCUCACCCCGAUCCAUGUGGCAGCAUUUAUGGGUCACCUGAACAUCGUCCUGCUCUUGCUGCAGAAUGGGGCUUCACCUGACAUAUGCAACAUGCGGGGGGAGACAGCUCUACACAUGGCUGCACGGGCCGGCCAGACGGAGGUGGUCCGAUGUCUCUUGAGGAACGGAGCGCUGGUGGACGCCAAUGCAAGGGAGGAUCAGACCCCACUGCACAUUGCGUCUCGUCUGGGGAAGGCGGAGAUCGUGCAGCUGCUCUGCAGAAAUGGCCAUCUGAGCUGCCGCCACGGUGAGACACGCCCCCACUCCCUCCCCACCAAGGUGAGACACGCCCCCACUCCCUCCCACCAAGGUGAGACACCCCACUCCCUCCCCACCAAGAAAGGAUUCACUCCACUGCAUGUGGCUGCUAAGUACGGAAGCGUGGAUGUUGCUAAACUCCUCCUACAGCGCAAAGCUUCUCCCGAUUCUUCCGGAAAGAACGGACUCACCCCGCUCCACGUUGCUGCACACUAUGACAACCAGCAGGUGGCGCUGAUGUUGCUGGACCAUGGAGCUUCCCCUCAUGCCACCGCAAAGAAUGGCUACACGCCGCUCCACAUUGCAGCCAAGAGGAACCAGCUGGGCGUGGCGCAGGCCCUGCUGAGGGGCAGGGCCGACGCCGCUGUUCUGACUCGGCAGGGCGUGUCUCCUCUACACCUGGCUGCCCAGGAGGGCCAUGGCGACAUGGUGGCUCUGCUCCUGCGGGAGGGAGCUCACGCUAACACGCUCACCAAAAAUGGAUUGACUUCACUCCACCUGGCUGCUCAGGAAGACAGGUUACUCUCUCCUUUCCAGCUUGGCUAUACUCCUCUCAUAGUUGCUUGUCACUAUGGUAAUGUGAAGAUGGUGAACUUCUUAUUGCAGCAUGGUGCCAACAUCAAUGCAAAAACAAAGAGUGGCUACACUCCCCUUCACCAGGCAGCACAGCAGGGGAACACUCACAUCAUCAACAUCUUACUACAGCAUGGAGCAGAACCCAACACUGUGACUGUGAAUGGAAACACAGCACUGGACAUUUCUCGUCGUCUGGGAUAUAUCUCUGUGGUUGACACUCUGAAAGUGGUGACAGAGGAGGUCAUCACCACCACGACCACGGUGACAGAGAAGCACAAGCUGAACGUGCCUGAGACCAUGACUGAGGUUCUGGAGGUUUCUGAUGAGGAAGGUGAGGACACGAUGACAGGGGAAGGGGGUGAGUAUCUGCGAGCCGAGGACCUGAGGGAGCUGGGCGAUGACUCCUUACCUGGCCAUUACCUGGAGGGGAUGAGCUACCUGCGUUUUAGUCUAGAUGCUGUGCGCUCUGACAGCCUACGAUCCUUCAGUUCUGACAGGUCCCACACCACACCACGGCAUGCUGGAUAUCUGCGGAAGGAUGGCAACCUCAUUGAGGCCACUGCCAGCAGCCAACAGAUGGCAUUGCUCUCUGUGCAGAAGGAGUCUUACCGUCUGAGCUGGGGUACCGAGAACCUGGACAACAUUGCCCUGUCCUCCAGCCCCCUCCACUCUGGACGCUCCUCCCCGUGCUUGGAUCAAGACAAUAGCAGCUUCCUGGUCAGCUUCAUGGUGGACGCAAGGGGCGGAGCCAUGCGGGGGUGUCGCCAUCAUGGCCUCCGCAUCAUCAUUCCGCCACGAAAGUGCUCCGCCCCCACACGCGUGACCUGCCGUCUGGUGAAACGGCACCGCGUGGCCACCAUGCCCCCCCUGGUGGAAGGAGAUGGACCAGCCGGCCGGCUCAUUGAGAUAGGGCCUACUGGAGCUCAGUUCCUUGGUAAACUACACCUGCCCACUGCCCCCCCUCCACUGAAUGAGGGGGAGAGUUUGGUUACCCGAAUCCUUCAGCUGGGGCCACCAGGGACUCGAUUCCUGGGGCCCGUGGUGGUUGAGAUCCCACACUUUGCGGCGCUGCGAGGGGUGGAGCGGGAGCUGGUGAUCCUGCGCAGCGAGACUGGGGAGAGCUGGAGAGAGCACCACUGUGAACACACCGAGGAGGACCUCAACCAGAUCCUCAACGGCAUGGACGAAAAGCUCGGAUGCCCAGAGGAGCUGGAGAGAAAGCGGAUCUAUCGCAUCAUCACGCGGGAUUUCCCACAGUACUUUGCGGUGGUAUCCCGGGUGCGGCAGGACAGCAGGCUGAUGGGGCCGGAGGGGGGCGUGCUGAGCAGCAGUGUGGUGCCGCAGAUCCAGGCCCACUUCCCUGAGGGAGCGCUGACAAAGCGCAUCCGUGUGGGCCUGCAGGCUCAGCCCAUUGAAGUGGACCUGGUGAGGAGGAUUCUGGGUAACAAGGCCACAUUUGGUCCCAUUAUCACACUGGAGCCCAGGAGGAGAAAGUUCCACAAACCCAUCACCAUGACGAUCCCUGUCCCUAAGACCUCAGCUAAUGAAGCAAUGGCAAGAGGGUAUGGGGGAGACAUGCCCACUCUGCGUCUACUGUGCAGUAUCACUGGUGGCACCACUCCAGCCCAAUGGGAGGACAUAACAGGCAGUACACCGCUCACCUUCACAAAUGACUGUGUGUCUUUCACCACUAAUGUAUCUGCAAGGUUUUGGCUGGUGGACUGUUUGCAGGUACAGGAGUCGGUGGCUAUCUCCUCUCAGGUGUACCGGGAGGUCAUCUGUGUCCCAUACAUGGCCAAAUUUGUCAUAUUUGCUAAAACUCUGGACUCCAUUGAAGCCCGGCUCCGCUGCUUCUGCAUGACCGAUGACAAGAUGGACAAAACCCUGGAGCAGCAGGAGAAUUUCACUGAGGUGGCUCGCAGUCGUGAUGUGGAGGUUCUGGAGGGGAAGCCCAUAUAUGCCGACUGCUUUGGGAACCUUGUCCCUCUGACUAAGAGUGGUCAGCAGCAUCUCUUCAGCUUCUUUGCCUUCAAGGAGAACCGUCUGGCCCUGUUUGUUAAAGUUCGAGACAGCGCUCAGGAGCCCUGUGGUCGUUUGUCCUUCACAAAAGAGCCCAGAGCUUACCGAAGUGCCACCCACAAGGCUAUCUGCAACCUGAACAUCACACUCCCUGCAUACUCAAAGGACUGUGAUUCAGAUCAGGAAGCAGAUCAGCAGAUUGACAGGAUACAUGAAAAAUAUGAGAGUAUGCAGCCCCUUCCCCAGCCAACUGCCUUACCUGGGCCAGACCUACUGUCUGAAGUGUCUGAGUUGAAACAGGACCUGAUCAAAAUGACAGUCAUCCUGGCCUCAGAGCAAAAAGAGGUGCCAUGCCCCACUGUUGGAGAGGCCCGGCAGCAGAGCCAGACAGGGGAUGAGCCGGGGGAGCCUCUGCAGAUUGUGGGAAAAGUCAAAGAAGAUCUGGAAAAGGUUGAUGAGAUUCUGAGGGGAGGUUCAUGUAUGAGUAUGGGGUCAGAAGAUGCAUCAGGACAUGAGGAGGAAGGAUGGGUCUUCCUCAGUGAUGCAGAAAUUGGAGAAGCCAAAAAAACAGCACUGUUUGAGAUUCAGGAACCCCUCAUGCAAGAAGUGAGAAUAAACAAGGGGUCUGCCAGACCACAAAUGGGCAAGGACAUGAAAGGCAUGGUCACACACCUGAGUGAAGACCUCCAACAGUACUUCACACAGCUGCCUGAGGCACACCGCCAGCUCCCAGAGGAUGUGGUUGAGGAGAGGUUUGAAGAGGUCAUUGUGAGCAGGGGGAAACAAGAAAUCAAGUAUACCAGUGGUGGAAUCAGGAAGCCAGCUCGGAGGAAACUGAAAGAGAGGAGAGGCACUGAUGAGCCUCACACACCUGGCUCUGAGUCAGAUUUUCACAGGUUCAGCUCAGAGGAGUCUCUUCAGGGAGAAACCACUCUGAAUUCUCCUCCAGUCAGGAGCCCUUUUGCACCUUCCCCAGGGGUUGAAGAGACCCCCAUCGGCUCCAUAAAGGACAAAGUGAAAGCACUUCAACAGAAAGUUGAAGAGGAGGAGAAAGGAUGGAAGCAGAAGCAUUCGCAGGUGAAUGUGGAAAGCAGCUCCUCUUAUAUCACUGAGCAGCAAGCUCUUCCUAAAUCCCCCAGGUCUCCCAGAUCUCAGACUGAGAGGCUGGAAGAGACAAUGUCUGUUCGAGAACUAAUGAAAACAUUCCAAACAGGGCAGGACCCUUCAAAGUGUAAGUCUGGGCUGUUUGAGCACAAAGCCAUUACCACCACCACCACGGAAACAGAGCUCUUGAGCAUAGCACAUACAACUGAGCCAAUAGAUACCAUGACAACUCUUCAUUCACAGAGAGAUGAUUCUUUACUGGAUGCUGGACAUUUAGAUGAAUCGCAGAUCAGUCCAGAUUGUAUGUGUUCAGAGGACAUCAGUGCCCUCAUCAGAGCUGAACCAGAGGUCAACACUGAGUCCCAGCUAUUCAGAAAAACAGGAGAUGGUGAGGAUAAAGACUCAACAACUGCUAAUGAAGCCCCUGCCACUCAGUGUGACUUGGACUCUUCUGCAGCCAGAGGAGGAGCCAGCCGGGCUGACAAAGUUCAGGAUGGAUGUGUGGAUAUCAGGCAAGAGGGUGCCACAGACCCACUGAGCUUCAGCCUGGGUCAGCAAACCCCUAAGACCAGCAAUGUUUUGAAAAAUACAGGAGCUACUCAUGAUGGCAGCCUGUUUUUGGUAACAUGUUCCACUGCUACAGGGUCAGAACAAGGCACCUGUCAUGAUCCAGCUACCUUAGAUCUGCCUUUGGGACAGCAGGACCUACAGGCCCUCAGCCCCUCUGCUGAAAACCCUACGAUAAUUAGCCAGAUGGACUCUCUGGAGGGCAGUCCCAUUGUAGAAGACUCCUCUCACAGAUCUCCAGACUCUAUUGAGCCAAGCCCAACUAAGGAAUCCCCUUGCCAUGACUCAUUAGAAAACAGCCCUGUUGAUCAGGGUACAAAACCAAGCUUUACUGCGGUGGCAGAGCAUACCAUACCUGCUGGUCGGUUAUUAUCCAAUAAACCAGACAGCACGCUGGACCCAGUGGGCACUAGACUGCUUAGAGACCCAGAAGGCAGUGCUGUUGAUGAUGAUAGUUAUGAACAGACCUCCCAAAUUGAAAGUUCAGGCAAGACUCCUCUUUCACCUGAUACCCCAAGUUCUGAGGAAGUGAGUUAUGAAGUCACUCCAAAAACACCAGAUCCACAAGCCCAGCCAGGAUUCAGGAAACCAACUGUAAUUCCUGAGGAUGUUGAGGAGGAAGAAGAUGAUGCAGGAAGCAAUGACCCUCAAAGGCAGUUCACACCGGAGGAGGAGAUGUUCAAAAUGGCUGCAAAAAUUAAAACCUUUGAUGAAAUGGAACAAGAUGCUAAAAGCAAAUGGGAAAGUAGAAAUGAUGUAAAAACAGCAGACACCAAUUCUGCUCCUGAGUCUGGAGAGGAUAGGAGAGCAGUCUCAAAAGGCAGGAGCUCCUCGGAAAGUGACCCAGAUAUUAAAGACGAGGUUGACAUUACUGAUAAAGAGUACAGAGGAGAGAAAGAAGAAUACCUGAAAGAAAUCACAAAAGGUAAAUUAGCUGAUAGGGAAGAAAAGGCCUGGGAUUCAUGUACUGCUAUGGAGAGCCAAGCAGAGAGCAGUGUGGUGCGUAAAAUCACAGAUAAUCACAGAAUACAUUCCAAGACAAUGGGCCAACAUGAAGAUUCCUUUGAAGACCUAAAUGUUUCUUUCACUAGUUUGGAACAAACACAGCACAGAUCAGAAAUGCCCCUUUCUGUCUGUCUGGAAAACAAGGGUGAGGGACCUCUUAAAAUGCAAUCUAUGGCAAUUGUUGAAAAUUCAGAUUCAUUGCAAGGCCUGGUUCCCUGGAGCACUGUGCAAGAGGAUGAUGAUGCCUUUGAACUUGACCGACAGUCACAGGGAAUGAGUCCUAAUAGAACCCCAAUGGAAGAGGCAACAAUGGGAGGUCAGAACCCCUUCUUAUUCCAGGAGGGGAAACUUUUUGAGAUGACCAGAAGUGGUGCCAUCGACAUGACAAAGAGAAGCUUUGAAGAUGAAGGCCAAGGCUUUGCCUUCUUUCAGAUUGGAAAAUGCCUCACAGAGGAGGCUCGAGAAGAUCCUGUGGGAUAUGAGGCUUCUGAAGCAGAUGCUAUUCUAUCACCUCAACAGACAUUGAUUUCAUCAGAUCCACUGAUUAAUGCAGCAGAAGUUUUGGCUGCAACAGAGGUACAACUUGAGCAUGUUGAUACUUCCGACUGGAGCCUCACAGAGACUAAAGUGGGUUCUCCAGAUUCCACUGUAACACUUGUGAACACGGCUUUUUCAAUGGUCACUAGAUCCAUCUAUCCAGAACAGUCCUCAGACUCCUCACCAGAGGAGCAACUCUCUGUUGUCGAACUACCUUCACCUGCAGGGAAAUCUCCACCCACACCUGCCGAGAAACCUGCAGAAGAAUUACCUCUCUCACCUGGAAGGGAAUCUGCCCCCACAUGUGUAGAAGAGUUACCUCCCACACAUUCUGAGGAUUCUGUCCGCACAUGUGUAGAAGAGUUACCUCCCAUAGCUGCUGAAGAAUCUGCUCCCAUACCCCCCACACGUUCUGAGGAAACUGCCCCAGACUUUUGUGGUGGGGAAUCAGAAAUCCCAUUAGAGCUGGCUUCCCCUAUUGUGACUCACACUGACUUGCCUUCAUCAUCUGCAUCUGUCACCCCUCAUCUGCAGAUCCAAACUGGAAAGGACAUCAAAACCACCUCUAAAAUAUCUUUCAAAGCUUCUUCAGUCAAAUCUCAGGCUGGUUACAGCUCAGUGAGGCGUGCUGUGUCUCUCAAGGUCCAGACAGGCACAUCAUCCACUAAACAGGGAAAGAGGAGCAAAUCUGAGGCUGACACUUCUUUUCUCAAACCUGAUGCAUCUUCAUUUAAACAUCAAACAUUUACUGGCUCACCAGCAAAAUAUGGAGAAUUCCCAAAAGCCCAAAGGGGGAAGUUACCCACAAAGCAAGAAAAGAGGACUAAAACUGAGACUGAUGCUGCUUUACUCAAAUCACAACCUGGUCCUGACCAAGUGGUGAAGCGGGCAGAAUCUCUCAAAGUCCAAAAAGAAAAGUUACCCACUAAACAGGAAAAGAGAACCAAGUCAGAGACUGACACUGCUUUGCUCAAAUCCCAGCCUGGUUCUGAGCAAGUGGUGAAGCGGGCAGAAUCUCUCAAAGUCCAAAAAGGAAAGUUACCCACUAAACAGGAAAAGAGAACCAAAUCCGAGAGUGAUACUUCUUUGUUGAUGACCCAGCCUAGUUCUGAUCCAAAGCUAAAACAAAUAGAUUCCUUUAAAGUCCAAAAAGGAAAAUUUCCUAUAAAGCAAGAAAAGAGGACAAAAUCUGAUUCUGACCCGAUAAUAAAACGGGCAGAAUUACCCAAGGUCCAUGGAGGUCUGUCACCUAUCAAACAGGGAAAGAGGAGCAAAUCUGAGACUGACACAUGUUCCCAAGGAGCUACCACAUCCAAAAGGGCCCUUAAAACCAGCUUUUGUGAGGGAGAUGGUCGGAAGCACUUUAAGAAAGAAGACCCAGCUACAAAAACCACAGUCCACUCUAAAUUGUCCAUUAAGGACAAACCUGGACAGACUCUUCACUGUUCUGGGACAAUAAAAGAAAACAAAGAACAACAGAUCUUUGAAACAUAUGUCGAAAAUUCAUUUGAAUCAGUCCAAGAAAUAAGUCAUGAAGUUGUGAAGACUGUUGAAGAAACAAUUCAGGAAGACAGUGUGCAGGUGACCCCAGUUGUUGGUGACAGCAAUACCUUUAAUGUCGUUGACGGGAUAGAGAAUGUAACUCUUGUCAAGGUGCCACUGUCCUGUGUUCCUGAAACCCUUGUUGGAACGAGACCCCAAUGGGAUGACCCAUGUGUGGAGACUCCCACGCAGCAGGUCCCAGAUGAAGCCACCAAAACCCAACGUGAAGUAGACCCAGAGGAGGUCAUAGAAAGGAAGGAGCAGAGGCUGUCCAUCAUUGGUGAUCACCUUGGUUUCAGUUGGACUGAGUUGGCCCAGGAGCUUGAGUUUAGCAGAGACUGCAUCCAACAGAUUCGAGCUGAUAAUCCCACCUCCCUGCAGGACCAGAGUCAUGCCCUAUUGAAAUUGUGGGUGGAGAGAGAAAAGGAAAACUCCACAGAAAAAAGUCUUGUUAAGGCACUCACAGCAAUAAACCGUGUGGACAUUGUGCAUCUGAUGGAAAUGAGAAUGGUGGAGCCCUGGGCCUGUGGAGUCGUGGAAAAGGUCACAUCCCCAGAUCAGAGUGAGGGGUUCUCAGUGCUUCAGGAAGAUAUGGACAGCAGUCCCAGACUGGUGCAGCAUGUGACCUCACACAGACCACCCCCAGCGGCAUCUGAGGAGGACCUAUCUAUGUCCUCACUUCCUGAAACCACCUCCAAAAUGGACCUCACAGGAGAACAUGGCCACAUGGUGAAAGUACAGACUGACCUGCAGAGAGAGAUGGAAAUGCCAGAUGGAUUGGGUGUGGCUGAAGCCGCGAGUGAGGAAGUCAGCAUGGAACCUAGAGAAAUGAGCACCUGCCAACAGGUCCCAUCCCAUUUCAACAUGGAAAAGAGAUCAGUUUCCACAGAAUUUGAGUACACUCUUGAGACAAGUCCAUGUUCAUCUAAUUUUGAUAUAAUUGCUUUUCAAACACAGCUGUCAUCAACUCUGAUAAGUGAAACAUCUCAGCAUUCUGAGAGCCAAGCAGAGAAUUCAGAAUCGAAUCCAACAGACUUUAGGUUUAAUCAGAAUCCCUCUGAAGUAAACUCAAGUUCUUCAGGGUACAGUGGGAUUUCACCGGAAUUUGCCACAUCACCUCCUAAAUGUGGUCCAACGUCCAGUCUAUGUGAAGCCAGUCAAGAGUCAGCCAAUGUCUUUACCCACAAUUCAACUAAAACAGUCAUUAAGGAUACCCUGGAGUCAGCUGAAUCAAUUGUUGAGGAUAUGCUAGAAUCGCUUGAAUCAAUCCCUAAAGAUAUGCUGGAACCAGUUUCAUCAGAAAAUCUGGAAUUACCUAAGCCAGCCAAGAAGGGUACCCUGGAACUGCCUGAAUCCAUACCUAAGGAUAGGCUGGAACCAUCUGAUGAAUCCGUCCCUAAGGAUAGGUCGGAAUCACCUGAACCAGCUUCUAAGGAUACCCUGGAAUCACUGGAAUCAGUCACUAAGGAUACUCUGGAAUCACCAGAAUCAGUCACUAAGGAUACCCUGGAAUCUCCUGAAUCAGUCCCUAAUGAUUGGCUGAAAUCACCUGAACCAGCUUCUAUGGAUACGCUGGAUUUAACUGAAAGAGUUGUUAAGAAUACCCUGGAGUCACCUGUGUCAAUCGUUGAGGAUACCCUGGAAUCACCUGAAACACUUACUAAUGAUAGGCUGGAAUCACUUGAAUCUGUAUCUAAAGAUAGGUUGGAAUUGCCUGAUCCAGGCUCUAUGGAUACACUAGAAUCACCUGAAACAUUGACUAAAGAUGCCCUGGAAUCACCUGAAUCAGUCCUAAAUGUUAGCUUGGAAUCACCUGAACCAGCUUUUAAGGAUACCCUGGAAUCACCUGAAUCAGUUCCUAAGGAUAUGUGGGAAUCAUCUGAACCAGUUUCUAUUCAUACCCCGGAAUCACCUGAACCAGUCACUAAGGAUACCCUGGACUCUCCUGAAUCAGUCCCUAAGGAUUGGUUGAAAUCACCUGAUCCAGCCUCCAUGGACACACUAGAAUUGCCUGAAUCAUUAGCUAAGGAUGCCCUGGAAUCACCUGAAUCAACUACUAAAUAUACCCUGGAGUCACCUGAAUCAGUCCUAAAUGUUAGCUUGGAAUCACCUGAACCAGCUUUUAAGGAUACCCUGGAAUCACCUGAAUCAGUUCCUAAGGAUAUGUGGGAAUCACCUGAACCAGUUUCUAUUCAUACCCCGGAAUCACCUGAACCAGUCACUAAGGAUACCCUGGACUCUCCUGAAUCAGUCCCUAAGGAUUGGUUGAAAUCACCUGAUCCAGCCUCCAUGGACACACUAGAAUUGCCUGAAUCAUUAGCUAAGGAUGCCCUGGAAUCACCUGAAUCAACUACUAAAUAUACCCUGGAGUCACCUGAAUCAGUCUUAAAUAAUAGUUUGGAAUCACCUGAACCAGCUUCUAAGGAUAGGGUGGAAUCACCUGAAUCAGUCCCUAAGGAUAUGCGGGAAUCACCUGAAUCAGUUUCUAUACAUACCCUGGAAUCACCGGAACCAGUCCUUGAGAAUUGGCUGGAAUCACCUGAACCAGUCACGAAGGAUACCCUGGAAUCUCCUGAAUCAGUCCCUGAGAAUUGGCUGGAAUCACCUGAACAAGCCACUACGGAUACCCUGGAAUCUCCUGAACCAGCUUCUAUGGAUACCCUGGAUUUAACUGAAACAGUCGCUAAGAAUACCCUGGAGUCACCUGAAUCAAUCGUUGAGGAUACCCUGGAAUCACCUGAAAUUUUUACUGGGCUGAAAACACCUGAAUCGCUCCCUAAGGAUAGGCCAGAAUCUCCUGAAUCAGUCCCAAAGGAUAGGCUGGAAUCACCUGCACUAAUUUCUGUGCAUACCCUGGAAUCACCUGAACCAGUCACUAAGGAUACCCUGGAAUCACCUGAAACACUUACUAAUGAUAGGCCGGAAUCACCUGGAUCAGUCACUAAGGAUACCCUAAUAUGUCCUGAAUCAGUCUCUAAGGAUACACUAGAAUUAUCUGAACCAACUUCUAUGGAUACACUGGAAUCACCUGAAAAAGGUACUAAGGAUGCCUUGAAGUCACCUGAAUCAAUAAUUGAGGAUGCCCUGGAAUCACCUGAAUCAGUCAUUAAGGAUAUGUUGGAAUCACCUGAGCCAGCUUCCAUGCAUAUGCUUGAAUUACCUGAAUCAUUCACUAAGGAUACCCUGGAAUCACCUGAAUCAGAAUCAGAAGCAUUAUCAUGUAUUUUUCAUGAGACAUUAGAAAGAGAUGUACUAACUGAAUUUAUUCAAUCUCCCUUGGAACCCUCACAGCCAGACUCUGUGCUUUUAGGAGCAGUCUCCCAAGGUGGUGAGGAGUCACUGGACAUAGAAAAAUUACCAAUAAUUAAAAAAACAUCCUAUGAGUCAACUGAAAGCAUAACUGGAUUUCAUCAGUUAACCACUGAAGUAGCUCUUUGUGAAAAUCACCACCAGAUCUUAUCUGAGCCUACAAAAACACUGGUGGAAACCAGCUCAGUUUCACCCCAGUCCAUUCAGGAGUCUUCCUCUGAGUUUUUUCGCCUUGACAUAUCUGCCGCAACAGUAACUGAACUUAACGGGGUUCAACUCCAGAAUGCCCCAAAACUGAGCUCAGCUAUCAUAGAAUCCCCCCUGUCAUCUACAGCUGAUGGGGGCAGAGUUCAGACUGACGUUGCUCCAAUGUUCCAGGCAACCACUUCAAUGAUUGUACUUGGAUUUGAUGAAUCACCAGAUUCAUCUGCUGAAUCUCCAGAUUCAACAAAAACUAUCCUGGAACUAGCUCAUGAAUCAUUCAAGGAGUCUUGCAAAGAAAGAGAAGAGUUUACUGUUGGCACUGAUCUCCUCACAAGUGCACCUGAAGCUACAGAAUGGGAGAGGGAAGUUGUGUAUUCUGCCUGGGUAGCAACAGAAGAACCAUGUCUGCAUUUGAGUGGGACAUCUGAGCACACUCCUGUGGCUGUUAGACAUAAACCUGCCCUUCAGGAAAUGGUUCAGCUCUAUGAGGACUCAGACCAAGAACACUUUGAUUGUAGACAGGGCUUUUCUGAACCCGAGACAGGCAAAAUGAAACAAGGUGUGACUGGUGUAAUUCCACAUGCUGAACACCAGGAAGGACUCAACACUGGGGCCACCCCUCUUACCACAAACAGCUCCCUUCACAGGUAUUUAUUUCCCUCUGGGAGUGAAGAAUAUGAGGACAUGCCCAUUGAUCACCGGUCUGACAAAUUCUGGGGUCACCAGGAAGAAGUGUGUCUCUGGGCUGAGCAGGAAGAGGAAGUUGUGCCUCCCUGUAGUUCAGGCGCUCAGUCUGUAGGGAUACCUCCAGUGAAGAUCCCGGUUAUUGGGGAGGAUGAUUCACUGGAGAGGUCUGAGGACAUGCCGGAUAUUUCUCCACAGUCAGUAAAAGACAAGCACUACAUGGACAAGGAUAGAAACGUGGUGACAAAGGUCACCAGGAAGAUCACCCAGAGACUGAUGUCAGUGGAUGGAGCUGAACUGGAGGCGGAGUUUGUGGAAGGGGCGGUCCUGGAGGCGGGGUUUGUGGAAGGGGCAGUCCUGGAGGCAGGGCCUGUGGAAGGGGUGGAUUUGGAGGCGGAGUCUGUAGAAGAGGUCAGGCUGGAGGCAGAGCUUGGUUUCUCCAAAGGCCUGAAAAGGACUGUGCUGAAGAGCAAGGGAGACCAUGCUGAGGAUGCGGAUGCGUGAGGUUGCGCACAGUCGGCGGAGGGGUGUUGCAAGGGAUGCUCACCCCUGAGACCCUGCAGCAGCACCUGCUACCCCCACACACUACUGCAGCAAGGAGGAGACCGGCAAGAAGUGACCUCACAUAUGCAAUCCCACAAUGCACUUGACCCCCCUGCCACUGUCUUCCCUUCCCAACACAUUGGGUUUGUUCCUUUGUUCCAUGGCAGCUUUGGAGCAAGUUGUUUUUGUUUAAAGCUUCAAUUUUGUUUAGUGAGUAAUUCAGUUUUAUUUAUGUUCUUGUUUUACUCCCUUCGUGACCAAAGAUAUUUCUUUGAUUUGUUCAGCAAUUUACUUUACUUUCCUCAGCUUUUUCUUUUUUGGUAAAGCAAACAGAACUAGAAAACAUUUUUAAAAAACUAUUUAGUGCCACCAUCCCCACCCAUGGACCUCUUCACAAACAGAUCUGCCUGUAUAACCACACACACUCAGCACAUCCCCUGUCUUAAUGUUUAUGGGCACUUCAGUAACCUUCUGCAUGUUGAGUGACUAAAUCCCCUGCCCAAGUGGCUUGUGAGCUGAUAUUUGGGCAUGUAUUUAAAGAGCCAAGGAAAGCCUGAUGUAAACCCUGGAGAACAGUGUUAAUGCCCAGAGAGAAGUCUGCUUCUAAAACCUGCCAUAGAAUUCAUUGUGCAACAUGUAUUAAACACGUAUUAAACAUGCAUUUAACAUGUUUGCAUGUCUGCUGUUCCAACUGUAUGAACAUAUAUGGUCAAAAAUCUGAUGCGUCUCUCAAAAACUCAUUUAUGCUUUUCUCACAUAAAGACAUGGAAGAUGUUAGAUAUUCUUCACCCUAUGUAUCACUUUACUGGAGUGCAUUACUGGCCCUUGUCAGUGAAACAUAAAUGGGUUUUUCUUGAGACUCCCAGACGUAACCACAGAUUUUGUGCAAACACUGAGCUGUAGCUAUGCCUCACUAUCACUGAGUGUUAAUAACCCCUCAUAUCAGACCUGUGGAUGAGUGUUAAUCACCCCUCAUAUCUGACCUGUGGAUGAGUGUUAAUCACCCCUCAUAUCUGACCUGUGGAUGAGUGUUAAUCACCCCUCAUAUCUGACCUGUGGAUGAAUGUUAAUAACCCCUCAUAUCUGACCUGUGGAUGAGUGUUGUUAACCCCUCACAUCUGACCUGUGGAUGAGUGUUAAUAACCCCUCAUAUCUGACCUGUGGAUGAGUGUUAAUCACCCCUCAUAUCUGACCUGUGGAUGAGUGUUAAUCACCCCUCAUAUCUGACCUGUGGAUGAGUGUUAAUCACCCCUCAUAUCUGACCUGUGGAUGAGUGUUAAUAACCCCUCAUAUCUGACCUGUGGAUGAGUGUUAAUAACCCCUCAUAUCUGACCUGUGGAUGAGUGUUAAUCACCCCUCAUAUCUGACCUGUGGAUGAGUGUUAAUCACCCCUCAUAUCUGACCUGUGGAUGAGUGUUAAUAACCCCUCAUAUCUGACCUGUGGAUGAGUGUUAAUCACCCCUCAUAUCUGACCUGUGGAUGAGUGUUGUUAACCCCUCAUAUCUGACCUGUGGAUGAGUGUUAAUAACCCCUCAUAUCUGACCUGUGGAUGAGUUUUUUCCAGCAAAAGCCCUUUUCAGUCCCUCUGUCUGCCACUUCCUUAGCUAUGUCCUUAUUUCAUUUAGGAGUGCAUCUAUUGUGUGAGUGUACCAGAUUCAGCUUUUACCCAUGGGCCUUAUUCUCUAUUGUCUUUUAGCCUUUCCCCAAGUUAAAAGCUUGUGAUUUUUCUCCUUAUAAAAUGUGGAAGGAAGUAUUUUUUUGUGGGGGUUUGCUAAUGUUUAAAUGUUAUUAAGAUGUGAGGAAGAGGUUUGUAGUCAUAGAGGCUAAUCUCUGACAUGAUCGGCCUCCUGCUUGUGUGUGGAGAGGUUGCUUUGAGUUCUUUAUCACAUACCUGAACCUAUCUGAACACAUAUGAACAUAUAAACUUAUAUGAACACUAUACAUAACAUAGAAUGUCCACAAACGGUGAAAGUCUGGAGAUCAUGAGCUCUGUUUCAGUAGAAAACAUCUGGCCAGAAUAACACCUUGGGUAACAGUCAUAGGGAGUGCUGGGUAACACCUGUAGUGAGCAUUGGUUAACACCUGUAGUGAGCAUUGGGCAAUGCCUGUAGUGGACACUGGGUAAGGCUCAUGUUGAUUGUUGGGUAAUGCCUGUAGUGAGCAUUGGGUAAUGCCUGUAGUGGACACUGGGUAAGGCUCAUGGUGAUUGUUGGGUAAUGCCUGUAGUGAGUGCUGGGUAAUGCUCGUAGUGGACGCUGGGUAAUGCCUGUAGUGAGCAUUGGUUAACACCUGUAGUGAGCAUUGGGUAAUGCCUGUAGUGGACACUGGGUAAUGCUCAUGGUGAUUGUUGGGUAAUGCCCAUAGUGGACACUCAGUAAUGCCUGUAGUGAGCAUUGGUUAACACCUGCAGUGAGCAUUGGGUAAUGCCUGUAGUGGACACUGGGUAAUGCUCAUGGUGAUUAUUGGGUAAUGCCUGUAGUGGACACUGGGAAAUGCCUGUAGUGAGCAUUGGUUAACACCUAUAGUGAACAUUGGGUAAUGCCUGUAGUGGACACUGGGUACUGCUCAUGGUGAUUAUUGGGUAAUGCCCGUAGUGGACGCUGGGUAAUACCUGUAGUGGACACUGGGUAAUGCUUAUGGUGAUUAUUGGGUAAUGCCUGUAGUGGACACUGGGAAAUGCCUGUAGUGAGCAUUGGUUAACACCUAUAGUGAACAUUAGGUAAUGCCUGUAGUGGACACUGGGUACUGCUCAUGGUGAUUAUUGGGUAAUGCCCGUAGUGGACGCUGGGUAAUACCUGUAGUGGACACUGGGUAAUGCUUAUGGUGAUUAUUGGGUAAUGCCUGUAGUGAGUGUUGGGUAAUGCCCCUAGUGGACGCUGGGUAAUGCCUGUAGUGAGCCUUGGGAUGAGAUGAGAAUGUUUUACAGAUAAGGGGACAAGUGGCCUUAAAGGGGUGUGGCCCAUGAAUAUUAUUGGUUGUGAUGGGACCUUGUGAUGCAGCAGUCAUGCUUGAGCUUGUUUCGCCACACAUGGGAUGUAGAGAUGGUAGUUUUCAUAAAUGUUACUCGGCAGUUCAGCGCAAAGCUGAGUGAGGAACUCGAGCACACACACUCACACUUGCACUCACUGAAGCUUUGCAUUAUUGUUGUCCAUGAUUGCAAGUUAUUUUUAAAUUGUAAAAUGAUGUGUGUGCUUGUGCAGGUAUGUGUGUGUGUGUUUUGGGAUCUCAGAGGCUGGGAAUUGUAGCAAUGAAACACAAGUACCACAACAUCUCUAAAUAGAGAAAGCUGCCCAAGCAACAGAACAAAUUCACUCUGCCUGGGCAUAAACAAAGUCAACUGGGUCAAAGUUUAUGUGGUGUUAUUUGCAAUGCAGACAAUAUUUAUUAUGUGUUAGUACUUUCUGUUUUUUGACUUUAUUGUUAAGAUUGGUGUAACCAUAAACAGAUGGAAAUUCAAGAUACUAUGAGCAGGAGCCUCAAUGAUGAAUCAAGGUGUUUCCAUGGUAAUUACAAUUAUAUGCAUUAUAUACAAAUAUCUACAAGGGCAUGUAAUAGUUGAAUUAAGUGAAAAUACAUUAACACUAAGGAUUAUAAAGAGUGUAUAUGACUGACUCAUAAUAAAAUGAUUAAGUGUU